UUCAAAACUUUGAAUCAUUGAAUAGGCUGACAUUUUCAAUUUCGUACAAAUGUGGGCAUCCUGUAAACUAUGUAUUCAAUCCUUGUCAAGUGUCAAAAAUGUCAUCAUAGUGAUCAACUGAUCAUACUUAUAGAUGAUUUUAUAACGAAAAUAUACUCUCAAAUAAGCCCAUAUUGAAGCACAAAUGGCUUCCAAACUUAUGCAUGCUCUUCAAUAUUCUGGCUAUGGAGGUGGAGCUGAUGCUUUGAAGCAUGUUGAGGCUGUUGUUCCUGGUCCAAAGGCUGAUGAGGUAUUGGUUAAGAUUGAGGCAGCAACGCUGAAUCCAAUUGAUUUGAAGAUACAGAAUGGUAUUCUUCGGCCCUUCUUACCACGCAAGUUCCCCACAAUACCUGGAACUGAUGUUGCUGGGGAGGUAGUUCAGAUCGGGUCUGCUGUAAAAAGGUUCAAAACUGGUGACAAGGUCGUGGCCUUUCUUAGCUACGCUACUGGGGGUGCACUGGCUGAAUACGCCGUGGCAAAGGAGAAUCUGACAGUUACCAGACCACCAGAAGUAUCAGCACUUGAAGUUGCAGCCCUACCUGUUGCUGCCCUUGCUGCUCACCAAGCUCUUACCCAAUUUGCAAACAUCAAGCUUGAUGGAAGUGGUGAAAGAAAGAACAUAUUGAUCACAGCUGCAUCCGGGGGAGUGGGCCACUAAGCAGUCCAACUGGCCAAGCUUGGAAACACACAUGUCACAGCUACAUGUGGAGCUCGCAACCUAGAAUUUGUCAAAGGCUUAGGGGCCGAUGAGGUUCUUGACUACAAAACCCCAGAAGGGGUGUCCUUGAACAGUCCUUCAGGGACAAAAUAUGACUACGUGAUCCAUGGUGCAAGCGGAAUUCCUUGGUCCACCUUUGAACCCAAUUUAAGUGCAACAAGUAUGGUGAUAGAUUUGACUCCAACCUCAAGUGCAAUGAUGACUUUUGCUUUGAAGAAGCUGACAUUCUCUAAGAAGCAGCUGGUUCCUCUGCUUGGGAAUCCAAAGACAGAGAACUUUGAUUAUGUGGUGAAUUUGGUGAAGGAAGGGAAGCUAAAAACAGUCAUAGACUCGAAACAUCCCUUGACGAAAGCUGAAGAAGCUUGGAGUAGGAUAAUGAGCGGUCAUGCUACAGGAAAGGUUAUCAUAGAGCCUUGAACAGAUUACAUUGAUGCAGUCAUGCAGACACCAUAACUUGCUUGACAGUAUAAUGGUAUAUUUGCUUUUAUUGUGUUAGUAUAUAUUAAUUAUUAAAGUGUCACAUCCUAAUGAGAAGUUAUUAGGGUUUGGGCAUAGAAUAUAAUCGUCAACCAAUUCAUUGGUUAUAAUACUUAUAAACAUGUAAAUUGUAAUCUUGUAAAAUUAAACACUUUUUGUGUGUUUAAUUUGUGGGUGAUGAGAGGAAGGGGGUGUAAAUGUGUAAUUAAACAUAAUCCACUCUCUGGCCUCUCCUAGUAUUUGGUUAAGGUCUCGUUUGUGUUUCUUGUUAACCUUAUCAAUAUCAGUAAUAUUAUAGGCAAAACUAGCUAAAAUUGUGUUGUC